CGUGAUUGGCUGAACUACUUCCUGUUUCCCGUCGUGCAUACACACACGUGAAGGUCAGCAAUAAAGCCAUUAAGCAUUUACAAUUUGCAAAAUAUUACUAGUACGACCUCUUUAUAAGCAAGUAUGGACAGCCAGGGAGCGACAGCUGACCCUCAGCUUCAGCAAUUCAUCGAAAUCGAGUCUCAGAAACAAAGAUUUCAGCAGCUGGUGCAUCAAAUGACGGAGGUCUGCUGGGAGAAGUGUAUGGAUAAGCCCGGGCCGAAGCUGGAUUCGAGGACGGAAGCGUGCUUUGUUAACUGCGUGGAGCGAUUCAUCGACACCAGCCAGUUCAUCUUAAACAGACUGGAACAGACUCAGAGGAGCCGGGGAUCGUUCUCAGAGACCAUGUCAGACUAAAAACUGUCUGUCAUAGCACUAACGAGGCACACGGGCACUGCUCUGAGAGGAAUCGUACCUCUGACCCUGCUGUCUGUACAGUACCUUGAAGAACUGUCCAGCCAAUGGGGGGGAAAGGAACCUAAAGUGUUACCUUUUCAUACAAGUGCCUGAAAUUAACAUCGAGUAUGGACUCCUGUAGUUUUUUUUAUUUGUCUUCUGCUGGCAUCUGAGCGUUGAGAAAAAACAAACAAACCCACAAACCUAAACUCUGUUUUUGUCAAGUCACAGAAUUCAAGCUCAAGCUUUAAAACUGAGUCUGAAUGUGAAAACUCACAAAAUGUGCAAAAACAAACUAAGCUGGCCUGCUGGGGGGGGUUUACUUGCAGCAAGAGGACUUAACUACAUGCUGGUGUAAUGAAAGGAACUAAAGAUGUCUUGACAGAAGAGGCAUGAUCAGCAGCUGAGGCUGAACAUAUGCAAUAAAUAAAUUUAAAAAAAAGAAAAACCAAACAAUAUUGUCCAUCUUUUGGAAGAGUGCAGUGAAAUGAUGUUGUAAAUGUGUUUUAAUCGGCAUUAUCAAACAUCCAAAAUACAGUUAACGCAGCGAUAUGUUACAGCUUGGCACACAUUAGGUAGACAUUUAUAGAAGUAGACAGCGUUCUUUGGUGUGGUUUGUAUGUAAUACUGAGGUAAUGCAGUAACUGACCUCAUCGAUUCAAAGCAAAUUAAGACUUUAACACUGACUGCAAAUAAGCUCACACAUCGAAAGCAUGAUGAAAGCUAAAGGUGCAAAACUUUGGUUAUAGUUUUCAGUAACAGAAGGCACAAUCUGGCUUGUGAAGGCUAUUUUUUUAACUUAAUAUGCUGUAAAAAAAAAUGUACACAAAA